AUGCCAGGUUUUGUAAACAGGUUGUCAUUCCGACGCUGCCUCACCUUAAUUACGGGUCUGUUGGAGUGUCUGAUUUUCGCCGGAGUUGUGUUCGGAUGGGCUUCACUUGUUUUUGUCUUGAAGAAGGAGAACUACUUCAGCUUUCUGUGCGUCAACAUCACAGGAGUCAAUGCAACACGGGACCUAGAUUGCAGUGGACAGGAUGAACAGUUCUCGCUUGUUUUCACCAUCGCCUCCUUCUUGUUCACUUUCCUGACGCUGCCAAAUGGUUUCAUCUUCGACCGGUUUGGUACCACAGUGUCUCGGCUGUUUGCGAUAUUUCUUUGUACCAUUGGAACGUUGAUGGUGGCAUUCUCCACAGCAGCUUCAUCCAACCUGCUGUUCCCAGCUCUUGCUCUCCUGGCAGCAGGUGAUAGCUUCUUUCAAAUGACCAACAUGCAGGUGGGAAAUCUGUUCGGCUCACAUCGCUCCACCAUCAUCACUCUCUAUAAUGGGGCCGUCGACUCUUCUGCAGCACUCUUCCUUGUCAUCAAACUUCUUCACGAGUCUGGCAUCUCUUUCCGCUCCUCCUUCUUCUUCCUGUCCGCCUGCAGCGUUAUUCACCUGCUCAGGACUAUCUUCUUGAUGCCCAGAGGCCACAUUCCCUACCCGCUGCCUGAUGACUACACAUACGGGGUAACCUGUGGUAAAUCAAAGACUCUGAGCUUAGAGCAGAGAGCAGCCAAUGGUGACACUCAGAAGACGGCAGAGGAAAUUCCCCUCAAAGACGUCAGAGUGAAACAAGAGAAGAGUUUCCGUGAGUGUGUGAUGUCCAGGCUCUUUUGGCUGCACGUGCUUUGGUUGUCAGUGAUGCAACUCAGACAUUACCUCUUCAUCGGCACCCUCAACCCCAUGCUGCAGCGGCUGACAGAGGGAGAGCCUUCACUGGUGAGCCGGUACAUUAAUGCCUUUGCCAUAACGCAGCUGUGUGGCGUGCUGUGUGCUCCCUGGAACGGUCUCAUCAUGGACAGACACAAGGGCAAACCUCGUGCUGCAGGAGAGAGUGAACAGGAAGCAGAUCUGCGGGCCUCAGUGCUUUCUCUCUUCCUGACGGCGCUGCAGUGUCUGCUGUUCUCAGUCUGUGCCACCAUCCCGUACCUACCGCUUCAGUAUCUCACCUUCAUCCUGCAGGUGAUCAACCGAUCCUUCAUCUUCGGUGGGAACGCAGCCUUCAUCAGCGUGGCAUUCCCGUCAUGCCACUUUGGGAAGCUGUUGGGUCUGGUCAUGGCUCAGUCUGCAACGUUUUCUCUGCUGCAGUACGCCUGCUUCGCCCUGGUGAAUGGACCUCUGGAUGGAGACCCUUUAUAUGUGAACAUCGCUCUGACGCUGCUCAGCCUGCUCGCCUUCAUCCAUCCCCUCUCUGUCUACCUGCACUGUCGAAGUCUCUCCUCCAAGCGAGCCAUCAAUGCCUCCUCCUAAAGUCUGUGAAAUGAGACUUAAACUUUGCUCAUUCACAUGACUCUGAUGUUUCUGCACUGAUUGUUUUACCAUGUCAGUUCGUUCUGAUAGAUCAGAUAGAACAAGUGAAACAACGCUGCCAUCUGUUGGCUUCUUAGUUUAACUGUUAGCUACAAUCUUUUGAUGUGCACUCAAGCUUUGUCAUUAAGUGAAUGCUCAGUAUUUAAUCUGUACUUUUCUCCAAGUAAAUUAUUCAGUUUUCAACUGUUCUAAGAAACAUUAUGCACUUGGUAUAGAAAAUACAU